AUGAUCUACUAUGACACGACUCACUUGUGGGGAGUGCUGAUGCGUUGGCAUGGGUCGGCGUUGAACGGCCAGGCUCCAGUGCGCGCGCUCAUCAUGGCGAUGUUCGCACUUGUUGUCGCUGUCGUGAACCGCUACCACCCGUUUGUGGUUCCUACGCGCGAAUCGACGGCGUUCACGGACUCGCUGACGGUGUUCAACACGUUCCUGGGCCUCAUCGUGUCGUUCCGCAUGAAUUCGGCGUUUACGCAGUGGCGCGCGGGUGUGGUAGCAGUCGGCUCCCUGUCAGAGGCAGCGCGGGACAUUGUUGCCUCUGGGUGCGCGUUCGCUUCGACUAUCCCCCAAGACGUCCUCGAGAAGUGCACGUUCUUCACGGAGCUGCGCCGGUUGGUGUUUCUGUACAUUGCCAUCGUGUUUCACGACUGCCGCGGUGUGGACGGCAUUGACAAGCUCAAGGAGGCUGGUGUCCUGACAGACGCUGAGUACGAUGAGCUGUACGCCUGCGGGUCGGAGCACAAACUCAAGGUCGAAGAUCAGGAGUCCUACCGGGCAAUUGUCCGUCGGACGCCUCACAAACUCCGUGCUACCAUCACGGAGCUCUGGCUCAAGAGACUCGUGCAGGUCGCCACGAACCGCGGACACUUGACGCCGCCCAACUCAAACAAUCUGCAGAUCAAACUCGCGCGACUACCCAAUCUGUACACUACCGUCUUCAACAUCGCCAACGUCCCGAUCCCGUUCAACUACAUGCAGUACCUUCAGUUCCUGCUGACGGCGUACAUGCUGCUUUACACGUUCGUCAUUGUUCCGCGGUCGGGGUUGUACACGCCGCUGUGGGUGCUUAUGUGGGGAACUUUCCUCUUCAUGGCUGAUGAAGUUGCCAUGGAGAUUGAAUGCCCCUUUGGCCUCGACGCGAACGAUAUCGACCUUGAGGCGAGGCUGUUACAGAUUGAGGAGGAGCUCACGGUGCUGAUCCGCAGUCAGUAUUACUUCGUGUCGGGAGGAACAACUCUGACACGCCUUUCGGAGUUCGCUUUUCCUGCGUCACAGACUUCUUCGGGGAAGUCCACGAUCACUCCCCCGCUCAGUGAUUUCUCGUUCCACCAGGGUCGUAUCUCUCCGUCGCACGGAGCUCUGCUACAGCAGGGAUCGUUACCCGAGAUUAAUGAGUUUACAAAACUCAUCGAGGUUCCGAGUACAACCAGCAGCAGCCGGAGCAGUAGCAGCAGCAGAAAGGGAAGUGACUACGGGACUGCAGAUUCGGCAGCAUAACAACACCUUGAUCACACGCUGCAGUUCAGACUAGGGUGUUUUCUCAGACAAUGUCCAUG